GCCCUCGGGGGAGCCGGAAGCCGGGUGUAGGAGGCCCGGGGAAGGAAGCCCUGUGAGGCUUACUAACUAGCCCAAGGUUGGGGCUGGGGAAGCCCUCGCUGUCCGGCGGAGCCAGCGGCCGGCGCUCCGCCACAGUGCCGGGACCAUGGGGACUCCGCGCCGCCGCCCACCGGUGGUUCCCGAGCCCGCGCUGGGACUGCUGCUUCUGCUGCUGAGCGCGCUGGCCCCGGGCCGCGCCACCCCGCGCCUCUUGGACUUCCCGGCUCCGGUCUGCGCGCAGGAGGGGCUGAACUGCAAAAUCAAGAAUAGUACCUGCCUGGAUGACAGCUGGAUCCACCUUCAAAACCUGACCUCGUCGUCCCCAAAGCAGGUCAAUAUCAAGCUGAACUUUGCCUCCACCCAGCGCGGAGACCUGGUCCCUGUGCUGCACAUUGAGUGGACAUUGCAGACAGACGCCAGCAUCCUGUACCUCAAGGGCGUAGAGCUUUCCGUCCUGCAGCUGAACACCAAUGAGAGGCUGUGCGUGGAGCUCGUGUUUCUAUCCAGGCUACAGCAUCAUCGUAAGCGGUGGCGGUUUGCCUUCAGCCACUUUGUAGUAGAUCCUGGCCAGGAGUAUGAAGUGACUGUUCACCACCUGCCCAAGCCCAUCCCUGAUGGAGACCCAAACCACAAGUCCGUGACCAUCUCUGUGCCUGACUGCGAGGAUGCCCAGAUGAAGAUGACGACACCGUGCGUGAGCUCAGGCAGCCUGUGGGAUCCCAACAUCACUGUGGAGACCUUGGACACCAACCAUCUGCGUGUGAGCUUCACCCUGUGGAAUGAAUCCAUCCCCUACCAUAUCUUGCUAGAUAGUUUUCCACACUCAGAGAACCAAAGCUGCUUUGAUGACUUUAAGGCAAUACCUGCGCCCAGAGAAGAAGAAUUCCACCAGCGAUCCAACAUCACAUUCACCCUAAGCAAGUCUAGCUUGUGCUGCCGCCACCGUGUGCAGGUCCAGCCCUUCUUCAACAGCUGCCUGAAUGACUGCUUGAGACAUGCUGUGACAGUGCACUGCCCAGACAUCUCACCGGACCCAGUUUCCAUUGCCGACUAUAUUCCCCUCUGGGUGUAUGGCUUCAUCACAGGCAUCGCCAUUCUGCUCGUGGGCUCUGUCAUCCUGCUGGUGGUCUGCAUGACCUGGAGGCUUUCUGGGGCUGAUCAUGAGAAACACACUGAUGACUCCAAGAUCAAUGGCAUCUUGCCUUUAGCCGACCUGACUCCCCUACCCCUGAAGCCCAGAAAGGUCUGGAUCGUCUACUCAGCUGACCACCCGCUGUAUGUGGAGGUGGUCCUAAAGUUCGCCCAGUUCCUGAUCACUGCCUGCGGCACUGAAGUAGCCCUGGACCUCCUGGAAGAGCAGCUUAUCUCAGAGGUGGGGGUCAUGACCUGGGUGAGCCGACAGAAGCAAGAAAUGGUAGAGAGCAACUCCAAAAUCAUCAUCCUGUGCUCCCGAGGCACCCAGGCCAAGUGGAAGGCCAUCUUGGGCUGGUCUGAGCCGGCUCUCCAGCUACGGUGUGACCGGUGGAAGCCUGCAGGGGACCUCUUUACUGCGGCCAUGAACAUGAUCCUGCCAGAUUUCAAGAGGCCAGCCUGCUUCGGCACCUACAUCGUUUGCUACUUCAGUGGCAUCAGCAGGGAGGGUGAUGUCCCCGACCUUUUCAACAUCACCUCCAGGUACCCACUCAUGGAUAAAUUUGAGGAGGUCUACUUCCGGAUCCAGGACCUGGAGAUGUUUGAACCUGGCCGGAUGCACCACGUCAAAGAGCUCACAGGGGAGAAUUACCUGCAGAGCCCUAGUGGCCGGCAGCUCAAGGAAGCUGUGGUUAGGUUCCAGGAGUGGCAAACCCAGUGUCCUGACUGGUUUGAACGCGAGAACCUCUGCCUAGCAGAUGACCAAGAUCUCCCAUCCAUGGAUGAAGAAGUGUUUGAAGACCCACCGCUGCCACUAGGGGAAAGAAUUGUUAAGCAACGGCCCCUGGUGCUGGAGCCUGCUUCUGACAGCUGCUUUGCAGUCGAUGUCCGUGUCAUUGAGGAAGAAAGUGCAGUGGCAAAGCUGGAUCUCCAGCUGCGGCCACAAAGAGAGCUGGAGGCUCAGGCCCUCCAAACCAUAGUGCUGCCGCCAGAACAGGUCCCCACAGCUCGCGUGGUGGAACCUGUCUAUCUUCCAGAUGGCAGGGCAGCUGCUACCCAGCUGAUUGUGGCAGAGGACAGCGAGGCCUGCCCGCUGCUGGGCGCCCAGAGAAACAGCAUCCUCUGCGUCCCCAUGGACUCAGAUGACUUGCCUCUUUGUAGCACUCCUGACCACCUCCACAGUGAUGCAAGAGAGCAGCUAGAGAGCCUGAUGCUGUCAGUGCUACAGCAGACACUGAGCGGACAGGCCCAGGAGAGCUGGGUGAGGCCCGCAGCGGUCCUCAAGGACUACACACCCUCUGAGGAGGAGCAGCGGCAGUCAGUGCAGUCGGACCAGGGCUACAUCUCCAGAAGUUCCCCACAGCCCCCUGACUGGCUCACAGAGGAGGAAGAGCUAGAACUGGGUCAGUCCGCUGAGCCUCCCUCUCCUGAGGUCCUGCAGAACCUGCGGAGCCUCCAGCGGCAGCUUUUCUUCUGGGAACUUGAGAAGAACCCUGGAUGGGACAGCUUGGAGCCACGGAGGCCAGCCACAGACGAGCAGGCUCCCUCCUAGGGCCUCCUGGGCCUAGUGCUUUCGAGGAUGUAUGUUGUAAUGUUGUGUGUUUGUGUGUGUGGGAAGUGCCUGCUAUGACAUGGAUAGCUAAGUCUGGCAUAACGUGGUAUAUCUGAAGUCCCAGCACCUAGGGACUGGAACUUGAUCUCCUGAACCCCAGGCAGAGGCAGGCAGAUCUCUGUGAGUUCGAGGCCAGCCUGGUCUACAGAGUGAUUCCAAGACAACCAGGAUUUACACAGAGAAACCCUGUCCUACAAAAAUCAACAAAAACAAAACAAGAAAAUCUAAUAAGGAUGGAAAAUUAGCUAGGAUGAUAAUCAGAGACACGAGGCUGCAAGAGAACCCUAAUAUCCCUGGGGGGAGGGGGUAAGGUCUGGGCAGUGGGGAGCUGCUUUCACGAGAGAGGGGCAGCCUGUAGGUUGAG